AACAGCGCGCGGGUCUGCUGGCGCGGCUUGAUGAUGUCACGCUCAUUGACAGCGUGAGCAGCGGCCGUGAAGGCUGCUAGCUUGGUUGUGAGCGGUCGGUAAGGGUCUGAGCUGGUCUGGGGCCGGGCCAGGUGCAGCAUGUCUAGGCUGGGGGUCUUGGGCGGCGCCCAAGCCGGGUUGGGACUGUUGCUGGGCACCGCCGCGGGCCUUGGAUUCCUGUGUGCGCUUUACAGCCAGCGGUGGAAGCGGACCCGGCGCCAUGGCCACAGUCAAAGCCUACCUAACUCCCUGGGCUACACGCAGACCUCAGAGCCAGGACGCCAGGUGAGGCCUUUGCGGGCAGGCCCCAGGGAGGCUGGAGAUGCUGCGGAGCUGGUCAGCCUUCCGCGGGAAGGGCAGGAGGAGGUGCUGGAGCGCCUGGACUUCGUGCUGACCGGGCUGGCGGCCCUGCGGCGCGAGGUAGAGGAGCUGCGGAGCAGCCUGCAGGGCCUGGCCGGCCAGAUCGUUGGGGAGGUCCGAUCCCACAUGGAAGAGAGCCAGAGAGUGGCUCGGCGGCGAAGGUUCCCGUUUGCCCGGGAGAGGAGUGACUCUACUGGGUCCAGCUCUGUCUACUUCACAGCCACCUCGGGAGCCACAUUCACAGAUGCUGAGAGUGAAGGCGGUUAUACCACAGCCAAUGCUGAGUCUGACUAUGAGCGGGACUCUGACAGAGAAAGUGAUGAUGGGGAAGAUGAAGUGAGCUGUGAGACUGUGAAGAUCGGGAGAAGGGACUCUCUGGACCUGGAGCUGGAGGUGGCGUCAGGCCCAGUGGCCGGAGCCCUGGAUGCUGCAGGCUCCCCGGGCCUGGAGGAUGUGCUGCCCCUCCUGCAGCAGGCGGAUGAGCUGCACCAGGGCAGUGAGCAGGACAGGCGGGAGGGCUUCCAGCUGCUGCUCAACAACAAGCUGGCGUAUGGAAGCCGGCAGGACUUUCUCUGGCGCCUGGCCCGGGCCUAUAGUGACAUGUGUGAGCUCACUGAAGAGGUGAGCGAGAAGAAGUCAUAUGCCCUAAAUGGAAAAGAAGAAGCGGAGGCUGCCCUGGAGAAGGGGGAUGAGAAUGCUGAAUGUCACCAGUGGGGGAAACUUGUGGAGACUUGGACAGAGACACUGCCUAAAUGGUACGCGGUGCUCUGUGGUCAGCUGGCUGAGCAUGAGAGCAUCCAGAGGCGCAUCCAGAGUGGCUUUAGCUUCAAGGAGCAUGUGGACAAAGCCAUCGCUCUCCAGCCAGAAAACCCUAUGGCUCACUUUCUCCUCGGCAGGUGGUGCUACCAGGUCUCUCACCUGAGCUGGCUAGAAAAAAAAACUGCUGCAGCUUUGUUUGAAAGCCCUCUCAGCGCCACUGUGCAGGAUGCCCUCCAAAGCUUCCUGAAGGCUGAAGAACUACAGCCAGGAUUUUCUAAAGCAGGGAGGGUAUAUAUUUCCAAGUGCUACAGAGAACUAGGAAAAAACUCUGAAGCUAGACAAUGGAUGAAGUUAGCCCUGGAGCUGCCAGAUGUCACCAAUGAGGAUUCGGCUUUCCAGAAGGACUUGGAAGAAUUGGAAAUAAUUUUAAGAGAAUAAUUGCAUUUCAGUGGCCUUGAUGACUUGAGGGAGAAUGCCCUGCUUAGAUCAUCAGGAAUCUAAGACUGCUUAAGUGAUGGUCCUGACUCCUGGGUCUGACUGGUAUCCAUAACCAUUCCUCAGUUUCUUUCCCACUGCCCACUGGUUAAUUUAUUCUAAUCCCUUAUUUUAUCUGAAAUUGGGGAAGUACUUAAGGCCUGGAUUUCUAUAGUUGUCUUAAGUGAAUUCUUGAAAAAUCAAGAUAUAUAUAGCACUGACGGCUGCCUUCAGCCUACUGCUGAGGUGGGUGAACUUCAAAAAGCUCUAAGAACAAAACACAGAACUUGUACUCACUAAUCUUUUCUAUUAAUAUUUAAAACCAAAUUAUAUCGUUCUUAUACCCUAUCAGGGUAAAAGGAAAGGUCAGGGCAGCCCAUGGAUACUGCCUUCUUCUUAUCUAUCAUGUGGAUUCUAACUGUAUUCCUGGGCUGAGGAGCUAGACCACUUCACUUACAGAGUCCUGGUAGCUUUUGGAAGGACACCAGUGCAUAAGGCUUAUGAAACUGUGAAACAAUGAUCUUAAAGAGUUGCCUGGAAUAUAUUUUGGUAUAAACCUGAAAUAAACCAAAUUUGACUAUA